CCUUGUUUUCACCGAUGUUAUCAAUGAAUGAAGUGACAUAUCGCUGUCUCAUCUGACAAGUAGGUAGUUUUCUCCACGAAAUAAAUUUCCAUCAACCGAAAAUGAAUGUAAUGAUGCAAAGACAUGCUGCAAAAUACAUUUAUAUUGUCCCUGACGGGUUGAGAGAACUGAUGAGCGAUAUUUCCAGAGAAGUACUGAGAAGCCAGCCAAAAGAUGUGUAUACAUUCAUUGCUGAUUAUUUAGAAGCUCUGCUUAUCACAAGAGAAAAUGCGAGAGUAGCUGCUAGAUUGGUACAGAGUAUAACGGAUAUAACGACGACCACUUGUGAAUUUCUGGAGGCUACGGGGAUGAGAAGAGCCGAAGCUGAUAAGAUCGUCAGCAUCAUCCAGAAAACUUUCAAAAAGCACGUACAGGAACAAGAAUCAUUUGCAUUCGACAGAUUGUCGGAAGAAGUAGAGGAAGUCAACAUAAUAUCAGACAUCAUUGACGAAGCAAAAAUCAGCCCAGAAAAAGGCGAGCAAGCCGCAAUUAUCAUACAACACGCAUAUCAAAACUUCAAACGGAGAAAACAAAAAGAGAAAGAGUUACUGAGUGGAAUUAUAGACUGGCGACUUGCUGCAAGAAGCGCAAUCAAGCUUUACAGACGAACAGGUGUCACAAAUGAAGAGGCAAACAGAGCUGCCACUUUAAUAAAGAAAGCAUACAAGGGAUAUUACACCCGUCAAAUGAUAAAAAAACUCAACGUCGAGAACAGGAAUUUAUACGAAGAAAAAGAACCUGAAGUAAUCGAAACCGGGCCAGAAGAAACAGAAGAAUCAGUCGCAUCCGAGGAAAUUGAGCAGGAUCAACAAGAACCCAAACUGUCCGAUUCGAAAUGUGUCAAAAUCAACUACGACACCGUCAUUCCACAUGUAAACUUCGGUGAUGUAGAUUAUGCAGUGAAAGAAACUGAAGAAACUUCCCAAUCGAAAGAAAGGACCACUGAAAGAACCAGCACCACAAGUGCAGUGAUUUCAUCUGCUCUACAGUCAAUUCUGGAUUCAGCGUUUGACCGUGCCACAGAUGCUGUUACAGUAGCUGAACUUCUAGAAGAAACGGACAUGAUCACCCCUCGGGAACCGCAACAGCCUGAAUCGGAUAUGCAAGAGACAGAAUCUCAACCGCCAAUUGAGGCAAGUGAUGGAGGAAGUAUAGAAGGUGAAUGAACAAGUUGACAUUUUUUUAUUGAUCGUUGUAAUCGUAACAUUAAAAAUUGUACAAGAAAUGUCCAAUAU